AUGGAGUCUACAGAACAACUUAAAGAAUAUGAGUCUUGGGGAAUCGAAGAUGUCUGCAACUGGCUUGAUAAGACAGUUUCUCUCCCACAAUACAAGCCUGUCUUUACUGAACUAGCAAUUGACGGAUCAUUACUUCCUCACAUCCUGGAUGAUGACUUAAUAAAUGACUUUGAUAUCAAAAUAAGACUGCAUAGAGUCAAGAUCAUUAAUGCUAUUAAGAAGCUUAAUACCGAAUGUACUAGGAAAAUUGAGGAAGACUUUGCUAGAAAAUUAAAUAUUGGUGGUAAUGACGAACAUUCUGAAGAAGAAAAAGAGAUAAAUGAAGAAUUAGAUGAAGAUGUUCCUAAUAUGAGAGGAAAUGAUGGAAGGAUUACUCCAGAUCGAGAGGAAGAAGACCUGCAGAUCACUAAUAUGAACACUGGUCCUCAUAAUUUACAAAGCGAUGGUAGAAAUCCUGCAGUAGAGGUUAUUGGAGUUAUACACAACCAAUCUGAAAAUUUUAUUGAUGAAAGUGAAGAGGGUAGUCAAGCUCCUGAUGACCAAGAGGAUAAACUUAUCAUUGUGCUUAAAGUUGUAGAAGGCCAACAGCUUAAUAAUGUCUACCUUAUCGGCCAACAAGGAGCUAGACUUGGGAGGCAUAGUGCUUCUAAUGAUAUUGUUAUUUCUGAAUCCUUUGUGUCGAGGAAACAUUGUGAAAUUUCACAUCAAAGCGGUAGCUUUUAUUUAAGGGAUCUUGGAAGCACAACUGGCUCUUUCUUAAUGACCAGAGAAAAGGUUACUCUAGAAGAAGGAAUGAUGUUUCAAAUGGGGCUUAGUGAAUUCAAGGUUACAAUGCUCAGCAAAAAUAUGGAACUCAACGUUUUUGAAGGUCCUUCUAGAAGUCAGAGAAUUCUCGUUACUUCAAAUGGGCUUAAAAUUGGAAGGGAUCCAGCAAACACAUUUUGAGUUGCUGAAGAUACUCAAAUGAGUAAUUAUCAUGCAAGAAUAUUAUAUGAUCCUUCAAAUGGAACUUAUAUUUUGGAAGAUGUAGGAUCUACAAAUAGAACUUGGUUGAGACUUAGUAACGAGGGAGAACGCAGUGUUAAUCAUGAAUUAGGACUUAACGAUAUAAUUAAAAUAGGUUCAACAGUUUUUCUGGUUCAACAAAUCAGAAAAGUUCCUGACUCUGGAAAUAUGCCAAUUAUUAACAGUAAUCAUCGUUCGAUGGAUAUGGAAGGGCAGAAUGCUAACUGUUCUAGCAGUAAGGAUCUUAUUAAUUCUUUACAAGAACAAGAAUCUCAGUUAAAUUCAUCUCAGAACAAUACCAGUCUAAAUCUCUGCAACAUUUGUUUCAGUAGGACAGGAAAUAUUGCACUCAUAACAUGUGGGCACUCAAAUUUCUGCUUUGACUGCUCAGAAAAAUUCCAAGACUGCCCUGUCUGUAGGGCACCUAUCAUUGAUAAGAUCAAAGUAUUCUUUUAAUCCUCCAAAAAGCCCCUAAAUUCCAUGUAAACCAACUCCUAGUAUCCCUAAACCGAUUAUAUUCAAAUAAUUUCAAAA